AUGUACCAAAUUGAUACUAAUAUAACAGGUCCGAGUGCAGUUUUAAUCGGAACCAACUACAAUGUUACAUGUACGUUAAGUAACAACAGGGGAACGUUUUUCAGAAAUAAUAUGCAUGUCACGGAUGCAUUUAUUAAUGACACUAGUGAGCGAUGCUAUGUGACGAUCAGUGCCAAGUACGAGUGUUAUUGUAAAAAGAUAUCAACGCAUUAUAAUGAAUUCCAAUUAGUAGUACCAACAGGUUCUGGAGAUAUAGGCGAAACCGGGUGGUAUUGUUCUUAUUCCGAUGGAAAAUCUAACACCAUUUUUGUUGAUGUUUUUCAACCAACAGAAUACAAAAUGCCUGGGAAUCAGAAAUGGUCAACUAAAGAAAAUAUUAUUAUAGCUUCAAUCCCCUGCUCACUUAUCUUGCUAGUUGCACUCACAGUCUUGGUUGUUUGUAAAAUCAAGAUUUUUAAAUCGAAGAAAAUGAAAAAUUAUCUCCAAGAAAUGACUAUUGAUGAUAAUAGUUUAUAUCAUGAUAUCCAAGUAGAUACCAGCAGCAGAAGUUUAAAUACAGAAUCUUCAACAGAACCCAUAUAUUCCCAACCACAAAAGGGCCCUAAAUAUAUGAAAGCCCGCCAGAUCAACGCAGACAUAACAGAAUUAGAAGCUUGA